AUGAGAAGGGAAAUGAACAACAGAAUUUCUGAAAUGGAAGCCGAGAUGCAAAAGCAACGUAGUAGAACGAUCGACGUUGUAGCAGAGAAGGAACGAGAACUUGAAGCGGCUAGAUCCGUUCUUGUAUCGUUUCGCAGUGAACAGAUGAAUGCUCCGGCAGAUCCGUCUCAAGCAGGCAAGAUAACGCUCUCUAAGAGGAGAUCUAGUGAGCACAAGCGCUAUGUAGAUAGGAGGUACAGUACAGGUUCGAGGAAAAGUAUGGAUGCAGUUUCGGUGCACAGCACAGAUGCAGAUGGAAGCGGUGUUCCUAUUCCAUAA